AUGUUAAAUCUCAUAAGAUCUAAAUAUCCAGUUUUCACUCUUAUAAGUUUGCAUGAUCUAAAUAAAGAUGAAGAAUAAACAGAAAUGGCAUUUAGGGUGUCAAAUGUAACAAUUAUGUUAGACUUACUCAUUCAUGUCUAAAAUAAAUUAAAUUCUGAAUAGCAAAUUUAUUUCUAUGUUAGUAAAACUAAAUUAUUUGAUGGUGAUAUGAAUACAUAUGUUGAGGAAAUUAUCAAAAAAGAAAAUAUUAGAAAAUUUUAUUAUGAGAUUAAUUAUAAAGAAUCUAAAAAAAUAAUUUAAUUCAAAGGUUCAGAUUACUCAGAUAGCUUGUAAUAAAUGAAAGAGAUUUCAUAAAAUUUUGAUAAAUAUAAUAAUAUAGCAUAAAGUUCUUAUAAUUACUAACCAUAUGUAACCUAAAAUCUUGUUUAAAACUCAUAAUUGCAACAUAAUACUAAUCAUUAGAUAGGCAACUUCUAAAGUUAAAGCAAUUUUAAUAAUUAAGAAAAAUAUUAAAUUAAUGAAGAUUAAUUUUAAAACAAGUAUAAUAAUGAGAUUUUUUAUUUGAAAUAAAAAAUUGAAGUUCUUACCCAAAAUUUAAAUUAAGUUUAAUAAGAAAACUUAAUUCUACAAUAAAGUUCUAAACCUCUUGAAUAUAAUUAAAGACAUUCAUAUGAAAAAUUAAUAGAAAAGUUAAAUAAUAAUAUAAGUGAAUAAAAAAGUGAAAUAGAACAUUUGAAAGCAUAUAAUUUAAAACUUAUAGAAAGAAUAGAAUAACUACAAGCUAUUGCUUAUGAAACUUAAUCUAAUAAUACUAAUCAAAAUUUAAUGAAAUAACAAAUCAUUUCGAGUAACAGUGAAAAAUUAAAUAAUCAUCAAAUUUAAGAAUAAUCAUAAUUAUUAUUAUCAAAUGGUUAAAGAUAUAAUAUAGAUUAAAAUCUUAAUUCAAAAAAUUAUUAAUAAAAAAAUGAAUAUUAAUAAAUAGAUCAUUAAUAAAGUUUGUAAUAAGAAUAAAAAUAAACAUAGAAAUGUUUAAUUGAAGAAAUAGAUUAAAAAAUUGAAUUUUAAAAUGGUUGUGGGCAUAAAUUGACACAAUAAAAAUUAGAAAUUUCGGUAAUAAAGGGAUUGAAAGAGAAAAAAGAUCCAUAAUGUUCAAAGAGUAGAUGUAAAUGCAAAUUAUCAAAUGAUUGGUAAAUUUAAUUUCCUCAUUUAAAGAUAAAAAUUGAUGAAGAAAUAAAUAAAUAUUAUUUUGAAAAACUUAAAAUAUUAUAUGAAAAGGAUAAGUAAAAAAAAAUAAAAUCGGCUAAAUGUUAGAAUAGCAAAUGCAAUUACUUUUGUUUUUGGGAUAAUACAAAUAAUUAUAAAAAUGAAUCUUAUGCAUUUUGUCAAAACUGCGAAAAAAAAAGUGUGAAAAAACCAUAAUGA